AGAGAACAGAAAAGAUGAGAGAAUUUCUUGUUAAAGGUUCAUAAUUUUUCUUGAGCUUCAGAGCAUCCAGAAGAGCAUUCAGCUUAUUCAGAAAUAGAGGGCAACAACAACACAUAGCUAUUGGAGGAGCCUUCAGAAGACAGCCUAUCAAAGUCUACAGGAGUGAGAAGCCAUCCACUACGGAUCAGCAAAUUUGAACAGUUCAGAGAAAGCAAUAACACACAUCCAAGCUGGUUAGAGCAUCCAGAAGAGCAUUCAGAUUAUUCAGAAAUAGAGGGCAACAACAACACAUAGCUAUUGGAGGAGCCUUCAGAAGAAUAGAUCAUCAGGACUAAACCAAUCACAAUUCAGAAGACAGCCUAUCAAAGUCUACAGGAGUGAGAAGCCAUCCAUUACGGAUUAGCAAAUUUGAACAGUUCAGAGAAAGCAAUAACACACAUCCAAAUUAGAGCUUCAGAGCAUCCAGAAGGGCAUUCAGAGGAAUCUGCAAAAGAGUAAACCAGAAAGCAACAGCACAAUCAACAGAGGAAUAUGCAAAAGAGCAAACCAUUCGAAAGACUCAUAACAGAGGAGGUUCAGUUUAAGGGGGCAUGUUGGUAUAUGUAAACAAAAUGAAAUGAUGGGCCAGAUUGCAGUGCUAUAAAGCUGAAAGGACAAUGCUACACUUCAAGAUAACUAUGAGGGCCUUUCUGUAAUUGUCCCUCAAACAUAUAAAAAUGCACAAUGACUGUAAACAAUUAGGGUUUUCGUUUAUUCUUUCAGUAUGAAAUACACAGCAGCCUUCUAGAAUCCUCUCCUCUCUUUCUAUGAUUUUUCUGCUACUCUAGGGUUUUAUCUUUAUACUUGAUCUAUAUUUGUUGAUUUCCUGUUAGUCUUUGUUGAUUUCCUGUUAGUCUAGGGUUUUAUCCACAAAAACGAAAACUGCAUCUAGGUUUUUUCUGUCGCAGAAAAGAGCAUAGAACUGCUUCUGUUUGGUUGGAAUUGGAGAUUUAAAAAUAAAAGAUAGAGAUUCUUAAGAAUGAAAUAUAAUUUUGUGAUUCUAUUUUAUUACUGAAAUUAAAAGAAAAAAAAGGCAUAUUCGUCCAUGAGGUUUGCGAGAACGCUCAUCUCACAGUGUCACUGACUUUACUGAGAUAAGCAAGUUGAUUUUUUGAAACAACGAGGCCUUCACUGCUGAAAAUGCCACCUCAACCGCCACUACCGCCAUUGAAACCCUACUUCUUCUACGGUCACCGAAAGCCCUCCCAAAACCGACCCACCGUAUACGGUGGCCUGUUUUCCAAUCUUCAAUCGCUCAAAAACCCAGAUCCCACACCCCACCUCCAGUCACAGCCCUUUGACAUCCAAAAAUGGGACCCACAUUACCUCCCCUCUCAAACUCGUACUCGAUCACCACCGUCCAUCACACCUCUUUCCAUCUCUCAACGCCUCUCCCCGAUCGCCCGCUUCAUCAUUGACUCUUUCCGUAAGAACCAAUACCGCUGGGGCCCAGAAGUCUUGACCCAGCUGCAAAAACUCCGGCGGGUAACUCCAGACCUCGUGGCCGAGGUACUAAAGGUGGAAAAUAACCCUGUACUGGCCUCAAAGUUCUUCCACUGGGCGGGGAAACAGAAGGGUUAUAGACAUACUUUCUCAUCUUACAACGCGUUGGCUUAUUGCUUGCACCGCAACAAGUUAUUUCGCGCCGCGGAUCAAGUCCCAGAAUUGAUGGAGGCUCAAGGUAAGCCGCCCACAGAAAAGCAGUUUGAGAUUUUGAUAAGAAUGCAUAGUGAUUGUAAUAGAGGGAAUAGGGUAUAUUAUGUGUAUCAAAAAAUGAAGAAAUUUGGAGUUGUGCCGAGAGUGUUUUUGUAUAAUAAAAUUAUGGAUGUAUUAGUUAGAACGAAUUGUUUAGACUUGGCCUUAUCCGUGUAUGAGGAUUUUAAAGGACAUGGAUUGAUUGAGGAGAGUGUGACUUACAUGAUUUUGAUUAAGGGUUUGUGCAAGGCAGGGAGAGUUAGCGAGAUGUUUGAGAUUUUGGAGAAGAUGAGGGGGAAUUUGUGUAAACCGGAUGUUUUUGCUUACACAGCAAUGCUUAGGGUUUUGGUUUGGGAGGGGAAUCUGGAUGCAUGUUGGCGGGUGUGGGAGGAAAUGAGAAAAGAUUUGGUUGAGCCGGAUGUUAUGGCAUAUGUGACGUUGAUCAUGGGUUUCUGUAAAGGGGGCAGAGUUGAGAGAGGGUAUGAAUUGUUCAGGGAAAUGAAGGAGAAGGGGGUUUUGAUUGACAGGGCGAUUUAUGGAGUUUUGGUUGAUGGGUUUGUGGGAGAGGGGAAGGUUGGGAAGGCAUGUGAUUUAUUGAAGGAUUUGGUAGAUUCAGGGUACAGGGCAGAUUUGGGAAUUUAUAAUUCAAUCAUUGGAGGAUUGUGUAGCAUUAAGCGAGUUGAUAAGGCUUAUAAGCUAUUUGAAAUUACAGUUCAAGAGGGCAUUGAGCCGGACUUUUCGACUGUGAAUCCUCUGUUGGUUUGUUAUGCAGAAAUGAGGAGGAUGGAUGAUUUCUGUAAGUUGCUUAUGCAAAUGGAGAAAUUGAGAUUUUGUGUGGUUGAUGAUCUUGAGAAGUUUUUUGAGCUUAUGGUUGGGAAGGAGGAAAAAAUAAACGUGGCCUUGGAAGUGUUUGAAGAAUUAAAAGGGAAAGGCUAUGGUAGUGUUUCAAUUUACAAUAUACUUAUGGGGACUCUCCACAAGGUUGGGGAGGUGAAAAAAGCAUUAUCACUCUUUGAUGAAAUGAAAGAUCUAAAUCUUGAACUAAAUCCAUCAACUUAUAGUAUUGCGAUUCAGUGUUUUGUUGAUAGUGGAGAUGUCCAGGAGGCUUGCACAUGUCAUAAUAAAAUAGUUGAGAUGUCUCAUGUUCCUUCUGUUGAUGCAUAUUCUUCCUUGGCCAGAGGGCUCUGCAAAAUUGGAGAAAUCGAUGUAGCUAUGAUGCUAGUUCACGAUUGUUUAGGCAAUGUUACGACUGGGCCCAUGGAAUUUAAGUACACACUUACCAUUAUUCAUAUGUGUAGGUCAAGGGAUGCUGAGAAGGUGAUUGAAGUGCUAAAUGAGAUGAUGGAGGAAGGUUGUGCCCUCGAUGCUGUUAUAUGUUCUGCUAUAAUCUAUGGCAUGUGCAAAUAUGGAACAUUGGAAGAGGCAAGGAAAGUUUUCACCCAUUUGAGUGAGCGUAAACUUCUUACAGAAGCCAAUACAAUUGUGUAUGAUGAAAUACUAAUUGAACAUAUGAAGAAGAAGACAGCAGACUUGGUCCUAUUAGGGUUGAAGUUUUUUGGUCUUGAAUCGAAGUUGAAAGCAAAGGGUAGUAGGUUGCUCUCAAGUUGAAAUCAUGAAACCAAAUUCACAUUUGGAUAUUUCUGUGUUUUGAUUUCCUGCUAACCUUAGCUAUAAAAAUAUAACAUAUCUGUGACGCUAUAUUUCAUUUGUGAUGGAUAUAUUAGUUGAUGUCUUUUAUAUUUUCUGCCAACAUCUAUGGAAUGUGCAAGAACACAAUAUGGGACCAGUCAAGAAGAGUUGUUACAAAUUUGAGAGUGCUGACAUUGAAAGGUUGUCAAUACAAUUGUAUACAAUGAACAUUAGUUGAAUGUAUAAAUAAGAAGAGAGAGUUGUUGAUGCAAUCAGGAUUGAAGCUUUUCUCAGUGGAAUCCAGGGGCAGAAUUCUGCUGUCAAGCUUAAAUUAGAAGCCAGGGUUGUGUUGGAGGCCCCUUGUCAACGAAUUUAUUAUUUACUGGUCUUGAUUGAUUGAUGAACAUGCACAGAAGACAAAUGUACACAAUGACACCUGGCACCACGUCCUUCAGACUGGCGAGUCUUGGAUAGUGUUGUGCUUACAACUUUUCAGGUCUCCCUGCGUACAGCCGUAAUCUAUUUUUAGUAAUGAAAGUGUUCACUUAAAGCUUUAGUUAUUCUGGAAUGCAGGUCUUAAACAACAUGAUUGUUCUUGCUGGCAAAUGAGUUCAAUUGGAGCACGUUUUGGAGCUAAAUCGUCCGAGUGAUUUUUGCUGCUGUAUUUUUUUUUUUUUUAAAUUAAAUUCUGGAGAUAUGGAAAGCUUGCUCAGUGUUGAAAAAGAGCCAAUAGAGCAAGCCUGGAUUGCUUUUGGUCUGGUCGCCUCUAGACUAUUGAGUUUGGUAUCCAUGCAGUACAACUAUAAUUUUAUUAUUUUGAAGGAAAUAAUUCUUGAAUAUGUAAAUAAACUAAGUAAAGUUGGAAUUAAUUAAUAUAUACAUACAGCCUUCUGACUU